AUGAGAGAAGAGGGAGAGAGAGAGGAGGGAGGAGAGGAGGGAGAAGGAGACGAGGGCGAGAGGGGAGAAGGCAUGGAGGUGGAUGGGCGAGAGACGGAUGGCGACGUGGGUCCUUCCUGUGCUUUGACCCUCCUAGCGGAAGCAGUACAGCAGAACCCGUGUGGCUGGGGAGUGGCAAGCACAAGCACUGGUAGUGGAGCAACCAGCCUCUGUGCCAUGCCUGCUGCUGCUGGCGGCGGUGCUGCUGCUGCUUCUGCUGCUGCUGCAGAUGGUAGUGGUGCCUUUGAUGCUAAUGAUGAUGCUGGUGGUGGUAUCGGCAGUGGAGCGAAUAAGCGUUGUGGUCUUGGUGGUGAUGGUGGUGAUGGUAGUGAUAGCGGUGGUGGCAGCGGCGGUAGCGGUGGCAGCAGUGGUGCUGUUGGUACUGCUGGUGCUGGUGCUGGUGCUGGUGGUGUGAGCGGAGGAGGAGGAGGAGGAGGAGGAGGAGGGGGAAGAGGAGGGGGACGGAGGGAGAAAGGAGGUGCGGACGAGCUAGGCAGUUCAUCUGGCAGCAAUAGCCCGCGGGAGCAAGCAGUACAGGAUUCGAGAUACGGAGAGGAGGAGGAAGUAGAGGAGGUGGAGGAGGAGAAGGGAGAGGAGGCCGGGGAGGAGGAGGAGGAGGUGGGGAGGGAGCGGGAGGGAGUGGAGGAGGAGGGAGGGGAGGGGCAGGUGGAAAGGUGUGGGAAGCAUGGUAGUGGGAAGCAUGUGGAUAAGAAACGGCAUGUGGGGUAUUUUAUGGGAGUGCAGGAAGGUGGCGAGUGGGGGGAUUAUGUAGGAGGAGCGGGUGUGCACGGAGGGGAGGAGGGCGGGGAGGUGGAGAGGGGGGAGCAGAUGCAAGAAGGUGGUCACGAGUGCAGGGCACUUGAUGAACAGUGUGGGAAGCUUGGGAAACAGCACCAGGACCAGGAGCAACGCCAGCAGCAGCAACAGCAACGGCAGCCGCAGCACUACCAGCAGCAGCACCACCACCACCACCAAAACCAGCACCAGCACCAGCACCACCAGCAACAGCAGCAGCUGCACCAGCAGCACCGGCAGCAGCAGCAACGCGAGCAGCAAGAGCAGCAGAAGGAGGAUGAGCAACAACAGGAGCAGGAGGAGGAGGCCAUUCAGCACAAGGACCAAAACCCGGGGCCGUGUGAGGAGGGAAAGCAGCAGCAGCAGCAGCAGCAGCAGCAGCAGCAGCAGCAGCAGCAGCAACAGCCACAACAGCAGCAACAGGCAAGCAGCAGCAAGGGCGUGUGCAGCUUGGAGCAAGUAUCAGCUCUCUUCACAAGCGCACCCGACCCGCAACUCCCGUGCCCGCGCUGCAACAGCAGCAACACCAAGUUCUGCUAUUUCAACAACCGCAACCCCAACCAGCCUAGGCACUUCUGCCGCGGCUGCCAGCGGUAUUGGACGGCUGGGGGGGUCAUUCGGCACGUGCCUGUCGGCUCGGGCCGGCGCAAAAGCAGGCAGCAGCAGCAGGUGACGCCACAGCAGAAUCAGCUACCAGUGACAGCGGCAGUGGCAGCCCCAGUGGCAGCAGCACCACCAGCAGCAGUAGCAGCAGGAGCAGGAGCAGCAGCAGCAGCAGCAGCAGCAGCAGUGGAUAUAGCGGAUCUCCAUGCGCUCACUGCUGCUGCAGCCGCCGCCGCUGCUGCUGCUGCUGCCAUGUCCUCCGGGAGAGUUCACCCAGGAGGAGGGGAAGCAGCUCACGCUGCUGCUGCUGCUGCUGCAAUGGCAGCAAUCCGAGCCCUCCCUCCUCCUCCUACUCCUGUUACCGGGCCCCGACGGUUCCAGCAGCAGCAGCAGAAUUCUGAAGCACGUGCGUCUGCGCAAGCAGACGCAUGGGUGGUUGACAGCUGA